AUGCGUGCACGUAAUUUCUUUCUUGGCUUCAACGAACCAGAAGAAGAUCGAGGGCCAGUUGACGAAAGUAUACCCUAUGUUAAGUACCCCUUAUUCACCAGGGAGCAGCUCAAAAGUAUUGCCAAGGACAAGUUCAAGUUUGAUUUCGGCUAUGCAUCAUUUGGUUUCCACUCUGAUUCUAUUGUCCCCUCGAUCAACUCCUUAAGUGAUCUUACAGAUCCUACCCAGCUCAAUUCCUUGCUUCCGAGGAGAAGACCUCAUGGGUCACCAAGCGAUACGCUCAGUAUCAAGGCAGGUGAUGACACUAUGCUCGUAUCUCCCUCCGUGCUUGCUAUUGCUGAUGGAGUUAGUGGUUGGGAGACAGAUGGUGCAUUGGCCGACUCUGGCAUUUGGUCGAGAUCAAUCGUUGAGACAUUUAGUCGAUUAAUGACCGAGUACAAGAUCAGCCAUACGCCGCAUCAUUUGAAAAGAAGAGAUAUAGAAGAAAUCUUGGAUGAUUCGUUCUUGCACACCUCGCAUUUGAUGGAUUUGCAAAAAUUAAAAGGCUCAUCAACAUUGAUCUUGGGUAUGUUGAGCGGGGACAGGUUUUUGAUGAUCAGUAUUGGUGACUCCAAAAUCUUCAUCAUCAGAGACAAUGAGAUAAUCUUGACCAAUGAGGAAUCUGGUGAUGGUCUUUGUCCAACGCAGAUUGGAACAAACACAAUGGCGCGCAUGCCUUCGGAUUUUGCAUGGAUCGAGCUGUUCAAAUUAAAAGAGAAUGACUAUGUGCUUGUAUGCUCGGAUGGAAUUACAGACAACUUGUACGAGUGGGAGAUAUUGAACUACUUAAAUGAGUUUAUCAAUACCAAAAAGAAUAAUAUGAAGACUGUGGCAAACAAGUUGUUAAUCAAGGCAAAGGAAGUUGCAUUUGAUGAUUAUGCAUAUACACCAUACAAUGAGAAAGUUAAUAAGGCAUUGAGUAAAGGCACAUCGGGUAAGGGAUCCCACCAUCACAGCUCAGGUGGUAAGGUUGACGACAUGUCCAUUGUCGUUGCCAAAGUUGUUAAAAACACAAAUUAA